GAGGGUGUGUGUUUUAUCAGCAAAAGAAAAACCCUGAUUCUUCUUCUUCACAUUGUCGCGACUUCUGGUGUUCUCUUCUCAUCUUCCUCGCGAAUCCGAUUUGCAGUUAGUCGUUACAGUUCUCAUCUCCUAGACUUUGUUAAUUUCAGAUGGUUAUAUGCCUGUUGCCGCUGAGCAUCAUAUAUUAGUAGAUAGGCCAUCUUAGACAUCAUGGGAAUCCAAAAUCUUUUAUGGCAAGUGACGAAGAAAGCAUUCACUGGAGGUAUCAUAGGGGUUACUAUUUCAGAUAGAUGUUGUAGCGUUGUUCCGGUGAGAGGAGAUUCCAUGUCCCCGACAUUCAAUCCCCAGCGAAAUUCUUAUUUAGAUGAUUAUGUUUUGGUAGAGAAAUUUUGCCUUCAGGAUUACAAGUUUGCGCGUGGUGAUGUUGUAGUGUUCAGCUCUCCAACUCAUUUCAGGGAUAGAUACAUAAAGAGGAUAGUGGGGCUGCCUGGGGAAUGGAUAAGUAGUUCACGGGAUGUGAUCAGAGUCCCAGAAGGACACUGUUGGGUAGAAGGAGAUAACAAAGCUUCCAGCUUGGACUCCAGAACCUUUGGUCCUAUUCCUUUGGGUUUAAUUAGAGGACGGGUGACUGGUGUGGUGUGGCCUCCUCAAAGGGUAAGCAAGAUUAGUUGAUAAAGAGAAGGAGAAGAAAGGAAGAGAAGGUAAAGUUUCUUCCUCCUCCAUACGAAUAUUCCCUUCCUCAAAGAUUCUUUAUCGUGGAAUCUGCUUUACACCAAAAGAAUGAUGAUUUUAUCAGAAAGAUUGAAAGUUCGAUUUUUUUUUGUUUCCCAUUUUUUCACAAUUUGUAGAACUGCAUGCUCGCGCUUUUUAUGGUGUGUGCAUUUUAUAUAAUCAAAUGGGUCUCUAUUCAUCUC